ACUCAGCAACAAUUAUCACACGGGUUGAACCAUGUUGGUCAGUUGGAACUUGGUCUCCGCCCAGGGCUCAGCCUCUCCCAACCUCUCUCUCCAAGGGUCCAAGGGUCCAACUUCCAAGUCUCUCAAGACCCCAAGACCCCACGACUCCAACAGUACCUAGGUAGUAGUCCAUGUCCAACACCGGCUACUCCAAACUCCAACUCCUGGGAUGUCAAUCUGACCAUCUUUAUCGUCUGGGCGGCCCGCAAAGUUGCGUCGUGCUGAUACACACCGCGGUUGAUCAUCACCAUGUUCCCAUUGGACCAGCGCAAAGCGUUCCUCCCGAUGAAUGAGGCGCAGCGCCGUGAGGUGAGAUUCUGUCGAAUGCCCUGCCCUGCGAUGCGAUGCGAUGCGAUGCGAUGCGCGCUCCUCCCUGGCACAAUCCUACUCUGUAUUAAUCCCGUCUUUCCCCACAGGCGAGCAGCUGCGAUCUCUUUUGAUGCUUCUUGGUUCUUUUUUCUUUUUGGCCCUGCGUGCUGUCGAUUCCAUGCUGUCUACACGACCAUGAUUGUGUCGCGGUUCAGCCUCGCGGCCGCUGCGAGUGUACGACUAUUGUUGUUGUUUUCAUUGUUGUUAUUAUCUGCUGCCCCAGCGCGAUCGACGACAGCGACUCAAGCCACAGUCGCGACGACGUUAUCAUCAGCGUCGAUUACUUCACCGGCUGUGGCCUCCGCGACAUCUCUGAGCGCGGCGCUCCCCUCUCCCAGCUACUUCUCCGCACCCUUUGGGAUCCCUCCGCAAAUCGUCCUCGAUCAGCCAGCAAUCUUUAAUUACACAUUACCAUACACUACUCAAUCGCCAGGAUUGGUAUUGUGCCAGACGAACGCAACCGAUUCGGAUCCCAUCAGUACCGCGAAUACCUGGAUCGUACUGCUCGUUCCAUUGUCAGAUGACGGCCAGACUUCUGUCGAACAAGCCAAUGUCUGGAAAUCCUUCCCGCUGACCUUCCAGUCCGUCCCGGGCUACAACAACUUGGAGAACCUCUUCUUCUGUUGGGGGAUUGGCAGCAUCUCCCCCUCGGUGAGCUUCACCUGUGAAUCCUACAGUCCCGAUUUCAACGUCGAGGGGGCGCCCUCCCAGCAGCACAAUGCCGCCAGAGGGAUACUGGGCCAGAGGUUCGCCUCUCCCGAUGCGCGAGAAGCGCUCCUCGCCGCGCGCUCUAUUGUCAUGCCCGCGACCCCUCUCUUCAUCUCCCAGAGCACCCAAGUGCUCGCCAUCUCCGGCGUCCCUUCAUCCAGCACCCCGAGCACCACCUCCUUACCUAGCCAGGUCACCAUCACGACGCCCGGCCCCACGGGGACGACCGUGACCGUAACCCCAACGCCCACCUCCCCAUCCGAUAGCGAUUCCUCUUCAUCCUCUUCCUCCAAAUCCAAAUCCAAACUCGGCGCUGGUCCUAUCGCCGGAAUCGUCAUCGGAUGUGUCGUCGGCCUGCUCCUGCUCCUCGCUCUCCUCCUCCUAUUCUGCAUCCGCCGCCGCCGCCGCACCCCUCGCGGUCCCCACUCCGACGUGCUCCUAGCACAAAGCCGCAACUCCUCCAGCCGCGGCGAACUCGCACUCGAGAAAACCAGUCCUAUCACCACACCCACACCCACACCAGGUCUCACUAGUAGUCCCGGGGUUUUCGAGACUCGUCCCUCAUCCGGCGGGCCUUACGAUCACCUCCGGCAAUCCGCACCCUACACCGGUCCCGCAGCACCGAUCGCGCGUCGGCCAACCACAGCCACUAUCCUCACCACAAGAACAACAUCAUCGUCUCGAGGCGCGCCCUCAAUAUCCGAGAUAAGCGCGCCUGUGAGUCCGCGUUCGACUGUACGCAGCGAGGAUGAUUCUACUUCUGUGUAUCGGGAGAAUCAAGAGAUUCAUAAUAAUAACACGCCGAUGAUAUAUGGCGAUGCGAGACAUAGACCACAGGUAUAUAAGGGAGGAGCUGGAACUGCAGCGUUAUUGUCGACGACGCCGUUUUUGAGUGAGCCGGGUAUGACGCCGGAGGAGAUGGCUAGGUUGGAGGAGGAGGAGAGGAGGAUUGAUGAGGCUAUUGCGGAGGCGGAGGCGGCGAGGCGAUAGUAUGAAUGGAUUGGAUGGAUGGAUGGAUGGGGGGGUGGAUGGAUGGGGG